UCUCUGCCUGGCCUGUGGACGCGGUGGUUUGUGGUCUCGUUUUGUUCUGGUUUGUUUUGCUUAACCGAGAGGGGCUUCUCGCUGGGUCGCCAGAGACGGGGUCUGGCCGGGUUCCCUGGGUUCAUCUUGGACUCCUGGCCUAAAGCCGUCCUCCCGCCUUGGCCUCCCAGAGUGCCGGGACUACCGCUUGCCCAGCCCUACGAACGUUUUAACAUCGUUAAAGCUGCCGUCAAGGAGACCCGGCCAUGGAAAGCAAACCUCUGGUGCUGUCGAAACAGAAGACCGAGGUGGUGUGCGGGGUCCCCACGCAGGUGGUGUGCACAGCCUUCAGCAGUCACAUCCUGGUGGUGGUGACCCAGUUCGGGAAGAUGGGGACCCUGGUCUCCCUGGAGCCUAGCAGCGUGGCCGGCGACCUCAGCAGACCGGUGCUCACCACAAAAGUGCUCCUUGGGCAGGAUGAGCCCCUCAUCCAUGUCUUUGCGAAGAACCUGGUAGCGUUUGUGUCUCAAGAAGCUGGAAACAGAGCGGUCCUGCUAGCCAUGGCCAUGAAGGACAAGAGUGUGGAGGGGGUAAAGGCCUUGAAGGAGGUGAUCCGGGUGUGCCAGGUGUGGUGAUGUGGAGUCAGCAGGACCAUGGGAAAACUCGGAUGCCCACUUGUGCCUCGAGGACCCUCCUUCCCUCACAGUUGGGAGGAACUUUCUCUGGCUCAAGCCCUUGAAGUCAGAACAAACAUUCCUGUCUCAGGCAGACUUGCUUUUGGCUUACCAGCAUCACCUGUGGAUGGAGGACAGGGUGGAUAUGUCUGGGUGUUGUAACUGGUUCUCACUGGAUCCAGAUCGUGCUUCCAUUUGAGAAUCGAGGAAGUCAGCAGGCAUAGCCUGUGCCCUCCACGUGCAGCCUUGGUCGGAGGAGAAAACUUCCUUUUUAUUAAAAGUAAACGUGUGUCCCAGAAAA